AUGGAGGUGGAAGGUAAAACCUGGUGCGACCGGAAGCUGCUCAAAUUCGAAGGCAUCUGCAGAGGACGAAGCCAUUCCAUCCAUCACCACUUGGUGAAUAACGACAUAGUGGCCGCCUUCGAUCAGCUGAAAAAAGGCACUUCCCCCUUCGUCAGAGACGAGUGUAACAGAACGGCCCUUGAUUUAGCCAUCGUAUUAUUUAUGGCCAAAUUUAAUGAGUCCCUAUGUACCUCCCUCAUUGCAGAUUAUUUGCACUCAAAUGGGUGCGUCUCGCGGAGUUCCUCCUUCACAUACAGCGAUGGGGUAGGAGUUACCUUUAGGGGACAGGCCCCACUUGACCGUUCAAAGGAUUCACUCAAGGUGGCAAACGAGAUAAGCGCAACGGAGGAGUCGUCCGCCUCGUUGUCACCCCUUCCCCUGGCGAGAAGAAAAGCACGUUGGGCCAUUCCAAACAAGUCCCACUACUAUGAGCACGGUUACAAAAUGGGAGUGUACAACAAAAAAACGAAACCACCGCCAAAUGCAUUAACCACCAGGGGGAAAAUGAAAUAUACCCAAGCAUUGCUGGAUGGACGACUACGAAGAAUAAAAGCCCUGCAGCUGUUCAUAAAGACGUUAAGCAUGAACACCCGACUGAGAAAAUAUGCAGAAAGGGUUGCACAGGAAGAGAUUGCCAAACUGUCCUUCCCCUUUCUGUACACAAAUACUAUGCAUAUGCUAUUUAAGCGUUUUUCGCCUGAACAUGGUCAGGUAAAAAAGUGGAACAUAAAAAAUCCAGCUGACUCAAGAAAGUUAGUUACAAAAAUAUUAUCCAGCAAUUUGUUCGGAAGUGAAGUAAUUAAAUUUAUGGGAAAUAUUUUAUCCUGCUUCUCCUCCCUGAUUGGAAUUUUUGGACAGAAGGUGUACGUACAGGACUCCACCAUUUCGCAGUUCAUUCUGCACAUGUCUUUCACCUUCGACAAUGAAUAUUUAUUCAACGUAGUAGUUAACAAAGACAACACGUUUGCGCAAAAGGAUAUGUUUCAUUGGGAUGCAUUAAUCAACUCCAUAUCGCAUGGGAAGCAUUCACUUCGUCAUUAUUACCAGCCCUUACUGUAUGCCAGACUGAACAAGUUCUUCUUAGAAAGGCUGGAACGGCUCCGGGACGGUGCCAAUGGGGAGAAGCGUGCCGUCCACUUCGGAGGAUGA